CACUCUCACCGCAGCAGCGUCUCCCGGUUCCUCUAAAUCUCUCCCAUCCGCUAUUUUGAUGCUGGAGAUUCUCUGAUCGUCUAAAACGGAUGACAGCUCUUUAUUAAACUAACAAAUGCGACAGAAGUGAGCGAACUUGUGUAUAUUAAGGAUCAAAGCGGUCGCGGAAGGCGCAAACAUGUCGGCGAGCGCUGUUUAUGUGCUGGAUCUGAAGGGGAAGGUGCUGAUCUGCCGUAAUUACCGCGGUGAUGUGGACAUGUCCGAGAUCGAGCAUUUCAUGUCCCUGCUGAUGGAUAAAGAGGAGGAGGGGAUGCUGUCGCCCAUCCUGGCUCACGGGGGAGUUCGCUUCAUGUGGAUCAAGCACAAUAACCUGUACCUUGUUGCAACCUCCAAGAAGAAUGCUUGUGUCUCCCUGGUUUUCUCCUUCCUCUACAAAAUUGUUCAGGUUUUCUCUGAAUACUUUAAGGAGCUGGAGGAGGAGAGCAUCAGAGAUAACUUUGUCAUAAUCUACGAGCUGCUGGAUGAACUCAUGGACUUUGGAUACCCGCAAACCACUGACAGCAAGAUCCUCCAGGAAUACAUCACGCAGGAAGGUCACAAGCUGGACACGGGCGCUCCUCGGCCCCCUGCUACGGUCACCAACGCCGUCUCCUGGAGGUCAGAGGGCAUCAAGUACAGGAAGAACGAGGUUUUCCUGGACGUCAUCGAGUCUGUCAACCUCCUGGUCAGCGCGAACGGAAACGUCCUCUGCAGUGAGAUCGUGGGCUCCAUUAAGAUGAGAGUGUUCCUCUCAGGGAUGCCCGAGCUGCGUUUGGGUCUGAACGACAAGGUUCUGUUCGAGAACACCGGCCGUGGGAAGAGUAAGUCCGUGGAGCUGGAGGAUGUGAAGUUUCAUCAGUGUGUGCGUCUGUCUCGAUUCGAGAACGAUCGCACGAUCUCCUUCAUCCCUCCGGACGGAGAGUUUGAGCUGAUGUCCUACCGCCUCAACACACACGUGAAGCCUCUGAUCUGGAUCGAGUCUGUGAUUGAGAAGCAUUCACACAGCAGAAUCGAGUACAUGAUCAAGGCCAAGUCUCAGUUUAAGCGACGCUCCACUGCCAACAACGUGGAGAUCCACAUCCCAGUCCCGACGGACGCCGACACGCCCAAGUUUAAGACCACGGUGGGCAGCGUCAAGUGGGUGCCGGAGAACAGCGAGAUCGUUUGGUCCAUCAAAUCUUUCCCGGGAGGGAAGGAGUACCUGAUGAGGGCUCAUUUCGGGCUGCCGAGCGUUGAGGCGGAGGACAAGGAGGGAAAGCCACCAAUCAGUGUGAAGUUUGAGAUCCCUUAUUUCACCACCUCUGGAAUACAGGUGCGUUACCUGAAGAUCAUCGAGAAGAGCGGCUAUCAGGCCCUGCCCUGGGUGCGGUACAUCACCCAGAACGGAGACUAUCAGCUGCGGACUCAGUGAACAUGAAGAAUUAGCCUGGAGGAUCAUGGGUCUGUCUCUCUUUCGGCUCCACACUCAUCUGCAGUAUUCACGACACACUAGUGCUUCCAAUCGUUUCAAACAAAUACAUGUCAGAUCUUAAGACUUACGGAUUGCAAUCGAGUUUAGGUUUUAUUCAAAUCUUCCUGUUUUGAAUCUUACGAAACUCUCCAGGACAUUUGAAUCAUAUAAAUCUUUAUUUGAAAGAAUCAUAUGUAUCUUUACUCGGAAG